AUGGAAUCGCGCAGCAGCAGCAGCAGCAGCGACUUCCCCCACACUGACCAUCCUCUCUCGCAGAGCAUCCCAAUCGAUAAGACCGAGGUUCCCUUGUCUGAGCGGGAACAUCGACUAUCAAGAUCUCUACCCAUUCUUCGAUUCCCCAAACCCCAAGGAAGUCAGGAACUCGCCAACUGGAUCUCGAACAGCUAUCAGAUUAUUAUCCAGUCCCCCGCCAUGCCGGAUGAAUCCAAUCUGGCCGACUCGGCCUUUGAAAUCAUCCACAACACUGAUACCGAGAGCCAAGAUGGCCAACUAACCGAAUCCACAAGUUCUCUGCCAAUCUCUCGUUCUGAUGACGUGGAGAGCCUCGAUGGGACAGAAAGCCACUACAACUCCGAAACUGACGACGAAGAGGCUCUGGAAUCUUCCCACGCCUCCUCCAUUCGCUAUGCGGAUCAAGCUCUCCAAAGCCCCUCUCCCCAGCUUCCUGCCAGCACUCUCCACCACGGUUCUUCCACCGAUGGGUCAGGUGUCAUGGUAGGGUCGAUCGAGUUCCAGGAAGACAAUAGAGAACAUAAAAGCGACAGCACAAUUCUCUUGGAAAAGAUCUCCGUCAAGCAUGCAAUCAAGGACUUUAAUGAGGAGGAGUCCGCCGCAUUGGCCCGGACUCUCGGCCUGCCCAAUGCACCCAAGCGACUGGUAGUCACUGUUCGACAGACAAUGUCCCAGUCCUACCUUUCAACGGAGAAACCCCUGCGUGUUCUCUAUGUCGGCCGUGCUGAAGCACAACGGAGUAUCAUCCUCAAGGUCUGCAACGCAAUCUGGGUCUCCCCUAAGAAUAGUGACAAGGAUGCAGACUAUUUCAACAGUCAUCGCGAGGGGCUGUACAAUAUCAUACCCAUCUCUUCAUUUGGACCCAAUCCUGAGCUCGAUCUCAUGGAAGCGUCUCACUAUCAGAUCAAAGUUGAACACUGCACCUCUGCCCACGAGACAAUUUACGAGGGAUCAUCUUUCCCCAACGACACGGUUUACUCCAUCACUCUCGAACACGACAGGACUUACACAUCUUCCUUCUCUCCAAGCGGUUCUCGAAUUCAGCCAAAGUGGGAUCUCCCUCACAUUGCUAUAUUUUACUGCUCCGAGAAGGAUGAUGCCGAGAGCACGCGGACGAGAGAUGCUGCGUGGGCUUUCAUGAAGCGGCAUGGCGUUCCCGUUAUGUUCAUUGCCGAGCAGCAGAUGUUCAAGAACAACUCCAACGGCCGCCACUGGAAUGAUUACAUUGAUGAAGACACACCUCAUCUGUGCCUUGAGUCUCGCGAUUCUGAGGCUCCCAUGUCUCCUCAGCGGUUCCCAAUUGAUUACAACUCGUUUGCCGAUAUUGAUGCACGGCAAAUGAACCGAAAUCUCACUUAUCUGACUGGCCGCUCCAAGUCAGAUGACGUCUGUGAGGAUCAGGCCUCGUCCAAUGUGUUCCCAGGAUUUGGUCUCUUCAAGAAUUGGACCUCACUGAAGGAGAAUUCCACUGUUUUCUUUCAACGCCUGGAUCUGGCGUGGUGGAUCUUCUUCUGCGUGUUCCCCAUCUUACUGCCUAUCUUUGGGUCCUACUUAAUUGAUAGUACGGUAGGGUCUUGGAGAUCUGAAGAACUCUCGGGCCUUCAUGCGGUCCACUCUACAGGUGUCUGUCCUACCGACACCAACUCCGCCGGUUUCACCGUCACUAAACAGCCUGUUGUAGCAACGACCACUACAACGGUUGUGAUCAAUGUCACCUCAACCAAGACCAUCCAGGUUAGUCACGCAAAGCCUUCAACUAGUGCUCUGGCUUCUGCGCUGUCUUUUGCCGGGUUUCUCUCUGAUAAGCCGUCGGAUGUUCCUUCUGAUACCAUUGUUAAGACGACCGGUUCGACAAAGCAAACGCUCUGCUCGGUACGCAUCCACAGCCCAACAGAAUUUCUGAUUGAGAUUCCAAACAAGAAUAAAGCCAUCUGGCUUGCUCAGGGAGCUAUCAACAUCGACGUGUAUCGCGGAGAUGUUGCCCUGAGAACUAAAAUUUCUUCUGUGGAUGAGGGUGUCCUUGUCGAGCUCAGCAGAAAGGAGGCUCAUGGGUUGUUAAAUAUUUCUGUGGUUACGAACCGCCGGCCCAAGAUCAACGAAACAUUCCAGCUCGACUUUGGUAAAGCAUCCCUUCUCAACACUCUGGAGGAAGGUUUGCAUCGAAUCGAAGACGGAGUUGGGAGAGUGUGUUCCAAGCUGGGUGACGCGUCUCAAGCUCUGGGAGGCAUGGUCAAAGUGCCGAACGUAUUCAUGUCCACCUUGGAGCACGCCUCUGAAUCUCUGUGCAGCCGAGCAGCCGACUCGUUCCAUCAAGCUGCCUAUAGCGUCCGCAAGAAGCUCUCUCUUCGACUUGAAACAGCCAAGGAAAUCCGCAAAGAAGUGGGGUUUUCAAUCCUCCAAGCCCAGAUCACUUCCAGGUUGUGGUGGCUUAAGAUGCAGGGUAAGAUGGAUGAAUAUGCUGCGUACAAGCGAAACGCAUCCAGGCUCCUCAAGAUGAAAUUUGGAGAGCUUCGGAAGGGCAAGGCACUGCAGGAGAAGGAUACUCCAGUCGCGGACAACCGCGGGUUUUUGAGACUCUUCCCAAAUUCCCAUCGGACCUGUAAAGGCGAGUGCGUCAAGGGUGUUAAGGAACCUUUCAACCAGCAUGCUACUGACGGAGGCAAUGUCUGGCUGAAGUUCAUGGGCCGCACCUAA